AUGGAGGACACAUGCCUGAAGUUUGCGCCAGAAGUUCGUGAGCCUGACAGUCUAAUCUGGACCUACUGGCUCAACCCAGAUUGUACGCUGUUUGUUCUCGACGAGGACUUCGUCGACGUCUUCGCACUCACCCCAUGUCUGGGCACUGCCACUUUUCUCAAAAUCAAAAAGGUUGCUUUACUAUGGCGCCACGAGGACGUUCUCAUUAGUACACGCGCAAGGCUGCAAGAGCAUUGCCCUGCACUGGACUCGAUAUUCACACAGCGAAUACGAGGGGGCAGAAGAAGACGACCAGCUGACACGAAUCUCAAAUCGAUGAUGUCCUGCAGCUUCAAGAUCAUGACUGCCGACGAUGCUGUAGUGCUCGAACCCCUUCCAAGGCAACCCAAUCUAAUCGAGAGGUGCAUUAUCACAAUGUUCCCCGACAAACCUGUGCGCGUGCACUUCAUCCGCUCAGAGUGGGCGGUUGUAGCAGAAGUGCUAAACGACCCAGCUUCGGAUGCGAUCAGGUUGUUCAAAAUCGACUUUGCGCUUUGGGGAGUCGACCAUACCGAUGGCAAGAGGAUCAAUCUGUGA